UUGCAAAUCUUCCACGUUGGAUUCAUCACGAUGAUCCAGCGCUUGGUGCUGUCGGCUUCGAGAGCCGUAAAGACGACGGGCGGGCGGCGGCUGUUCAACUCGGACGUGGCUUCCACUCGGAUCCAUCGCCACGUGAUCGCAGCACUGGUGGUGAAUCAAGCGGGCACGUUGGCCGAGAUCGCCAACCUGUUUGCGGCCCGCGGAUACAACAUUGACAGCCUCGUGGUGGGACGCACAGACGUGCCCGAACUAAGUCGCAUGAGUGUGGUGGUGCACGCCACCGACGCGAAUGUGUGGAACAUGAAGAAACAGCUCGAUGAUGUCGUGCAGGUCGCGGCCGUGAAGAUUCUGUCAUCGCAGGACGAUGCGGGGGAGAACCUUAUUGAGCGGGACCUGAUGCUGGCCAAGGUAUCGACACGGCAGCCGGGGUCCCGCGCCGAAAUCGCGGAACUCGCCAGCUUGUUUGACGCCAAGGUGCUGGACGUGACCCCCACGCAGGUCAUGGUCCAGCUCGCCGGCACCCCCGCCCGAAUCGAGUCGUUCUUAGAGCUGUUGAAGCCGAUGGGCAUUGUCGAAAUCCAUCGAAGCGGGGUCAUCGCCAUCGACCGCACGCUCUGCGUGACCGACCCGACGGUGGAAAUCGCGUUCGACCGACAUCCCGUUGAAAACCCAGAUGUCGACUCGACCAUGUUGCCUCCAGGAUAACCAUUGUGAAUAAUUCAGGAAACUCGAGCGGUCCACACUGUAGUACUAUUAAUAGUAUUACUAAGCAGUAGUAUGAACUAACUUUGCCGGUAGUACUAAUAGUAUGUACUAGAAACGUU